AUGCACAUCCUCCCUCUCCUGACAUUUUUCGCACUCACCAUAUCGUCCACUGCUCUUCCCCCUCUACUCCUUCCUUCAAACCCCCCAUCGGCGAACCCGCUUCCACUCAACGCGACGACCCUAUCUCGGGAACCAUGGCCCGACGUGCCCUGGACCUAUGUCAUUGACGAAUCCGUCUCCAUAUCCAUCGAGCACUACGGCCGCCACGUCUGCGCCGGAGAGAUGUACUGCGAAGAGCGCGUCCGGGUCGCCAUGAAUGAGAUCGUGCGGAUCGUGAAUGCAGAAUACAUCGCCGGACGCGGGAAGGUCAACUCUUUCACGAGCGACGGGGUAAACUUCUGGAUCAGACAGGAGACCAUGGUGCCGAAGAUGCUGGUCGAGGAGCUGGUCGCUACUCUGCGUUGGGUGACGCUGCGUCAUGGGACGACGGAGGUGUCCCACGCGGGGCUUUUGGACCGUGGGAAGUUGGCGGCAACGUUUGAGUUGACGUUUCCGGGAAUUGAAGAUUGA